GGCGGCAACCUGUUGAGCAGGCCGGCCGGUCAGCUCCAUUUAAGCGUUCCCAUUUGACUUUAUGCGCUCCUCUGCAGUUCUGGAUUCCAGCUCCCAGGAGGCGCACUCGUUCCGCCGCGCCUGCCUCACCCGUCCCGUAACGCGUCUGUCCCACUGCCUCUCCCCUUUCCAGUCGCCUCCUCCUUCUCUAGCAGUUCUAUGAGAGCUACUACUUGCGGCUUAAAGUCUGAAAGAUGGCGGCGGAGGAUCGGUCCAGAUCAGACGCGGCUCGGCAGAAGCGCCGGGAGCAGCUGAGCCGAUGGAUGGGCUCCGAGACCGAUCAAUCUGGGACAACGCCGCGGGUUCGGGCGACUGGCUCGACGCGGGGGCGGGUUUGCUUCGCGCAGGGCGCAGUCUUCAUGGCCGCCUGUUCGGCUGGGGAUAGAGAAGAAGUCCGGGAGCUACUGCAACAGGGAGCCGAGAUAAAUCACACCAACGUGGACGGGCUGACAGCACUGCACCAGGCCUGCAUUGAUGAGAACCUUGAGAUGGUGGAGUUCCUUGUGGAGCAUGGAGCCAACGUGAAUCAACCUGAUAAUGAGGGCUGGACACCUCUUCAUGCUGCUGCAUCCUGUGGAUUUGUGGAGAUUGCACAGUACUUGAUAAAGCAAGGGGCCUGGGUGGCUGCUGUUAACAGUGAGGGAGAGUUGCCACUGGAUGUGACACAAGAGGAGCCAAUGGAAAAGCUGCUGCAGGCUGAGAUCAAAAAUCAAGGAGUUGAUAUAGAGGCAGCACGUCAGGAAGAGGAAAGGAUUAUGAUUCAGGAUGCUCAGCAGUGGGUGAAUCAAGGGAGAGUGGAGAUCAGCCGACAUCCAAAGACUGGAGCCACUGCUCUACAUGUUGCUGCAGCUAAAGGUUACAUUGAAGUUAUGAAGCUUCUUUUGAAGGCUGGCUUCAAAGUCAAUCUGACUGAUAAUGAUGGCUGGACCCCUCUGCAUGCUGCAGCUCACUGGGGUCAGGAAGAAGCCUGCCGUCUACUGGUUGAGAGCUUUUGUGAUAUGAAUGUAGUUAACAAAGUGGGUCAAACGUCCUUUGAUGUAGCUGAUGAGAAUUUGGUGGACAUACUUGAGGAGCUACAGAAAAAACAAAAGGAUCUGCGUCUUGAAAAGGAGAGGCAGGACAAGUUGCAGGCACCACUCAUUGAGACCAGUCCAGUUUCCCAGAAUGCCCCUUCCCGAACACGCAGGAGCUCUAUUUCUCGCAUGAGCAGUAAAGAGAAGAUCUCGCUGCAUGACAAGGAGCGUAAAGCACUGGAGACCUUAGAUACUGUGGCCUUUGAAAGGGUCAAUGAUGAAGAAGAAGAGGCUCGCCGUGAAGCGGAAUCCAGCAGCUCCAGUUCUGAAGCAGAGUCGGAGAGCGAAUCUGAAGAAGAGCCUGACAAGAAAGUAAAAACUCGAGAAAUGAUCAACAACCUCAACAACAAACUCAACAGCUCCUCCAUCAGCAAUGCAACAACAGUGUCGAGUUCCAUCAAUAAAAAGCCUCUCAACUUGCUUGGUAAACCUCCAUUAGCGGUACGAUCUACAGAGGAAGAAAAAAAAGAACUAUCGGUUCUUCCAACAUCAUGGAGGACUUCGCUGCGAAAGACUGGUAGCUAUGGGACCCUAAACAGCACUAUUGCUGGUUCAAAUCAAGAGGAGAGUCAGGCUAAAGUGACCAGCGUAGGAGGAGUAAUCAGGUCCGCCUCCAGCCCCCGGCUGACUGGUCUAGAAGCAGAGGCCAAGGAUCGAGAUAACAAAGAACCUCGUCUUGCUCGUGUUCCCCCCACACCUACUCGUCGUCUUUUUAGCAUUCCAGACAGCAGCCAAGAGCCCCCGAGCAGCCCUUUAGCCCGCAGCAGCUCUUUUCCACGGCAUCUCACCUCUGACAGCAGCUCUGAACCCAGCAGUGUCUUGCCACGUCGUAUUAAUAGCCAAGGAGGAAACGAGAUUACAGACUUACCCUCAACUUUCCAGCGGAGAUGGACCCGGGAGCAGUCAGAGGACAAGAGUAUUCCUUCUACAGCAAGCACUACAACAACAUCCUCCGUCACAACAACCACAUCUGUUUCAAAUGAAUUCAAAGAGAGACGCAGAUCAUACUUGACCCCAGUACGAGAUGAAGAAGCAGAGGCUCUGAGGAAGGCCAAAUCUCGACAUGCUCGCCAGUCAAGGAGAUCAACUCAGGGAGUAACACUGACAGACCUGCAGGAGGCAGAAAAGACCAUUAAGAGUGAGCAAGAAUCUAGAGAACAGGAGAGGAAGAAGAAAGAGCAGGAGGAGAAAGAAAGAGCUGAGGCUGUGGCCAAGUCUAGAAGUGGCCGUGCUGGAGAUGAAGGGGAGGUCAGCUGGAGGUCUCGUAUCGCUAACCUGCAGAAGUCAGAUCUGCUGGGCCUGACAACUCCUGGAGACUCUAACCACCUGCUCCGAAGUGAAACCCUUGAGAGCAGAGAUAGGGAAAAGGAGACUGAAGACAAACUUGGUCAACGGGGUACAAAUCUGAGAGAGAGACGGCGGCCACGAGGUAAAAGGAGAAUUACAGGACCACCUGGUACAGGUGGGGGCCAAGAGAGCGACGAUAAUGAGGACAGUGUUGAGGAAGGUGGAGGAGACAGAGCUGGACAGGAUUCCCAGACUCAGGCUGACAGAUUGAAUUCAAGGGGAGACUCGGUGUCCAAUGACAGGCUUGUUAGCCGAGGUUUCUCAUCCAGGGGUGGAUCUGCUCACAUGUUCUCUGAACCCAAUGGUGAAAGAAGAGACUAUAAAAAGCUAUAUGAGGAUAUCAACAGAGAGAAUGGGCAGCUACAAUCCCAACUCCAAGAGACCCAGAGACUGAUCAGUCAGACCAGAACAGAUCUGGACAAGGCCACGCAGAGGCAAGAACGUAUAGCAGACCGAUCUGCUCUGUUGGAGAUGGAGAAAAAGGAGCGUCGACUCUUGGAGCGGAGGAUCCAGGACCUGGAGGAGCAGCUCAAGGUGUUAGCAGAUCUGAAGGCAGAUAACCAGCGCCUUAAAGAUGAGAAUGGUGCCCUCAUCAGGGUUAUAAGUAAACUGUCUAAAUAGCAGCCCAUCUUCAGACAUGCAUGGCAAGGUGAGAAGGUUAAAAAGAGGGAGAGAGAGAAGAUAGAUCUAUCCUUUGGCCACCUUGCCUUCCAGUGCCAAAGAGAGGAUGAAAUUAAUGGCAACUCCACAAUCCAUAGCCAUUGUGCUUAGGGGACCAAGAAUUUCCCCUGAUGAAGAGCAGCAUGAAUGAGAAGAAUUCACAAAGGCUUGUUGGCAAGGAAAUACUACCCUGCAGCGGAGACUGGCCACAUUUGGCCUGAUACUCUAACUUAAGGUUAAGUUGGUUGGACUAAUCUUGAAGUUGGUCACUUUUUGCAGUGGCCUUACCUGUAUCCAAGAAAGAAAGGGAGUUUAUUGGUUUAACCAUCUGUCCAUGCUGCUCUACCUACAAAUUCGGUCUGAUCAAGAGUACUUUGUGCCUAACAGUUUCCCCAACAUCCUUCUUUACUCCAUCCACCUUUCCUAUUUCACUAUAGUCGCUGUUUCUGUCAAUUCUCAAACCUCUGUCCCUUUUCUGCAUUCUCUUUUUUUCUUUUCAUGGGUUCCCCCAUUGUCCUUACUCAUUUUCUAUCACCAUCCUAGUCCUUUUUUUUCCCUUUAUGACCGUGUUCAUUUCCCUGCUAUUUAUGCUUGCCAUAUGCUCCUUGGUUUUCAAAAAUUGUUUCUUCAUGUCCCCACACUUCUCUACUUCUUGUAUUCCUAGCUUUUUUUUUUCUUCUAAUCAGAUCUUCUCCAUUACCCGCUAACAGGCCCCAUCUUGUCGGCAGCAGUGUUUGAUAACAACUGAUAUUUGUUUUGCUGCCUGCUUCUCCAUGAAGAUUAGAUUUUGGAAUGUUCAGGUUCCCGUGUUAAUUCCAGUCAAAUUAUAAUAUAUGUACAUCUGCUAGUACUCAUGGUAUAGCUCUAAGAAAUUGCUGUUACAGUUGGUGUGAAGGGAUGUGAUGAGCUAUUCAAUGAUGACAGCUCUUUGCGUCUUGGCCACAUGAUCAGUUGGUACAAAUCCUGGAGUGUCCUCAUCCUAGACAUUUACAGCACUGCCUGGUCACUGUAAGGAAAAGGAUUUGCAGCUGAGCCACAGCUGGGGUUAGCAAGUCAAUGGAAACGUUGCCCUCUACUUGCUGAAUCUAAAUCCUUCCUUUCACACAUCAGUAUGAAAUGAAUUUGAUUUUUGUUCGGUCCCAGCUCAAUGUGACAGGCUGUUUAAAACGCAUUUUUACUUUUUUUCACUACUCUAAUCAUUUUAACAUUGUUUUCAUAACAAAUGUAACUUACAGUAUGAUUCUUAACUGUUUAAAGGUACUCGGCAUCUUUUUUUGUCCUCUCCUCUUUAAUAACAGCAUAUAAUUUGGAAGCACUUUGUCCAAAUACAAAUUAAACUCCAAAACAGGAAAUAUGCUAAAUUAAUUGAACUUACAUCCCAACAGGACUUCAGUUUUAUUUAUUAUGGUGACACUGCCAGUUGGGAAGUCCCCUGGGACAUUAUGGCCAGUAACUGGGCUGCCAACGGAUUGGAUCUUACAGUCACAGAGUCCCUGAUUUGCCAGUUCUUAUUCAUUUCAAAAAUGUUGACAAACUGGACAUAAAAUGGGGACAUGCUUGCAGUGUUCAGCCUUGUACUGUUUGAUAUUAUUUUCAAGCAUGGGGGACAAGUUAAGAAAUAUAUUAGUAAGAUGUUCAAAAGUUUCACAUGACAACUGGGGUGACCUAUUUGAUCAUGAAUUAAAGUGACACUCUGGCUUUUUGCGUUAUGGCUAAAUCAUCAAAGUCAUUUUCUGACAAUCCUGUUUUUUUGUUUGUUUUUUUUUUUUUAUUUAUUUUCUUUUCACCUCACAGCACACCAUCACUCUGUUCAGUAGAACAGACAAUUAGAAAUACGUACAGUGAAGGUCAUCCUGACUGCAGCCAGUGUGGUUCAGACAUCACUUUUAUUAUUUUGGUGAUGUCCGUGCCGUCUGUGUUUUAGCUUUCCAGCUGCAUUGUGCUGUACCUUAAAAUAAGAAAAUUGCACAGUUGUAUUCUAUUAUAUGUUUUAAACACUAAUAUGUAAUUUUAUCAGUUUGUUAUAUUUUACCUUUCCUAAAAUAUUUUGUUUCCUUAUACAUCAGUGGAGGGAUUGCAAUAUAUAUAUGUAUGUGCGUGUGUGUAAAAUAUAAUUAAAAUAAUUUUCAUGUUUAAUAUUUUUCACAUAUUUUCUAAUAUAUUAAAAAAGAUGUCACCUGAAUAGCACGACACUUAAAUAAACCUGCAUUUGUUUGUAA